GAGUUGCUGCAUGAGGGUAUUGAAGACAAUGGCCAAGAACAAACUAAGAGGGCAGAAGUCCAGGAAUGUAUUUCAUAUAGCCAGCCAAAAAAACUUUAAGUCUAAAAACAAAGCAAAACCAGUUACCACUAAUCUUAAGAUAAACAUUGUGAAUGAUGAAAAAGUUAACAGAGUGAAUAAAGCUUUUGUAGAUAUACAAAAGGAACCUGCCCAUUUCUCAAAAGGCCUUUCCCUUGGACCUUUGCAGAAACAGCUGAUUCCUCAGCAGUGUCAUAAAAACGAACCAGUUAAUGUUGAUGAAGCGACAAGAUUAAUGGCUCAGUUGUAAUACACUGGAGAUACAGCAGAUACCCCAAAAAGACCAAUAAAUUAAAUGUUUUAUACAGUUUUAUUUUUAAAAAUCUUGUUAAUGUACAGGCAUUGGCACAUUUUUAAAACAAACUACAUAAACAGAUCUUUCCUAUAAUCUAGGAAAGUGGAAUGUCAGAAGUCAACAAAAUGUGAUAAACUUAAA